AUGAGAUCCCUCUCAAACACCACCAAAUCCUCGAAAAAGACAAGGCGCACCACCAAAUCCUCGAGAAAGACAAGGCGGAGUAGCGUUUUCCCACUCCUUUCCGUCUUAAACACCACCACAUUCUCGAGAAAGACAAAGUCGAUUAGCGUUUUCAAACGCCUUUCCUACUGUACCAAUCCACCUGCCAAUGGCGAUUCCAAGCCGAUCCAAUCCGCUACUACUAGACGCCGAGAUUCGACGAGCAAUCUCAUGUUCCUCGUCAGGUACAUGCACGGCGAAGAGCUCGAUUACUCUGUAAUAACAUUCGAAAACAACAAAAACAUCAACUCUUUCAGGCUACUCCUGGACGACGAUGAUGAUCUUCCUCACAACUUGUUGUCUGUAAUCAGAGAUGAAAACUUCUAUACUUUUUGUCAAUUUUUGCACUACCCCGUUUUAGGAAGCUGCGACUCCUACAUUUGGGGUGCUAGACGCACUACAUACUCAUCCAUAUGA